AACCACUAGCGCUUCAUACUUCUGCAUACGAGGAGUAGUGAAAGUGAAAACAUAUCAGUUGCAAUCGCCAGAAAUUUAUUUUAUCGGCAUCUUUAUUUACUUUAUAUUAACAAACUUUCGAACACAAAACAUCUGGAAAAAACACCAGUAGCCUUCGCGACUUAUUUCAAUAUAAAUUAUCUCCGUCUUGUGCGAAGGAGUCUCAUUAUGGGCUCGGUAUUUCCCGCUGACGCUCUGGUGUUGAAGUCUGGAUUUAAAGCGCAGAGUUUCUCGCUAUCUGAAAUUAUUACGUCGGACAUCCUGCACAGCUUCCUUUACGGGCGAUGGAGAAACGUUCUUGGGGAGCAUCUCUGCGGUGGAAAGACCGGUGCGCUCAGCGGAAAAACCGCCUUCACCGCGGAAGUCCUCGCACAGUCUUUCUCGGGAGAAGUUCAGAAGCUGUCCAGCCUGGUGCUACCCAGCGAGGUCGUCAUCGCCCAGAGCUCCAUUCCCGGUGAGGGACUUGGGAUGUUCUCAAAGACGUGGAUCAAGGCUGGGACAGAGAUGGGUCCAUUUACUGGCAGGAUCAUUGCUCCCGAGCAUGUAGAUCUGUACAAGAAUAACAACCUCAUGUGGGAGGUUUUCAAUGACGACGGAACUGUGCGCUGCUUCAUCGAUGCCAGUCAGGAGGACCACCGAGGCUGGAUGACGUAUAUCAAGUGCGCUCGCAACGAGCAGGAGCAGAACCUGGAGGUGGUACAGGUCGGGGGCAGCAUCUUCUACAGGGCUGUGGAGACCAUCCCACCCGACCAGGAGCUGCUGGUUUGGUACGGAAGCUCCCACAAUACAUUCUUGGGGAUUCCCGGUGUUCCUGCCCUGCAGGACGAGCAGCAAAGGGGGAAUAAGAUGGAUGACACCCACGCAAGUGAUGGAUUUGCACCGUCCACCUCCCCCCACUCCUCCUCUUCCUCUCCUCCUUCAUCAAUGGUGGCUGGUCGCAUGCGCUGCGUCAUCUGCCGGCGGGGCUUCAACUCGCGCAGCAACCUGCGGUCACACAUGCGCAUCCACACACUGGACAAGCCGUUCGUCUGCCGCUUCUGCGGACGCCGCUUCAGUCAGUCCUCCACCCUGCGCAACCACGUGCGGCUGCACACGGGGGAACGCCCCUACCAGUGCCAUGUUUGCCAGAGUGCAUACUCCCAGUUAGCGGGCCUGCGGGCACACCAGAAGAGUGCCAGGCACCGGCCGGAGCCAACGGUCGCUGUGGCAACAGUCACCACGACGACAAAGAGCCUAACCCUCUCAGCAACAGCCUUUGUGCCUCAUGUGACCACCUCGGGAUCUCCCACCAUGGCAUUGUGAAGAAGGACACAUGAACACACACACACACACACACACACACACACACACACACUGAUGCACAUUGAAGUGUGUAAGCCUAUAACCCUUCUCUGAGUUUCAUCUCAGGUGUGCAUCUCAUCAUCAAUGUUGUAACGGGGAGACUCAAGGAGUCAGACUAUGGCUACAGUCAGUCAGAGUCUAAGCUGGGCCUGGUUCCAGCUCAAAGUUGUAGUGUGGGCUACAGCAUUCACUGAAGGGGCCAAGGUUGGGGGUAUUUGGGUUUGAGCCAAGCUUGUGAUUGGGUGGGCCAGGCCUGGUCUGAGCCAGCAUAAACUGGUCUGCACUUCCCACCCACAGACUUAUCAAUCGGUGUCAUCUGCUACAACAUGCAAUGCAAUGGUAGUUCAACUGGGAGGGCAAUGCAACCUCAGAUGGAACAAAAGCAACUAACUAGUUAAACCGUAUAAAAAUACCUAUUUGAAACCAUUUGAAUGUUUUCUCAGAGACUCCAUGAGCCCCUUUAUGUCCUGUCCUGCUCAGGGAAAGAAUGCAGUGUCUGUGUGCUUUGCUUUGACAGGUUCUAUGUAGUCACUUUAACACUGUAAAUACGUGUACAAACU